UUAUUAAAUGCCUUAAUUGACAUAAUAUAUCUGUUAAUUUCCUUAAUUCGGCCAGUUUAGCGUUUGCUUCCAUAGGGGUUGUUGCUACACCUAACCUGAAAGUGUUGUGUCGCAAGAUUGGCCAAGUUACGUGCGAUGUUUCGUGUGUGCUAUUACCAGUGAAUAUGGAUAUAGUUCAGCCAUCCAAGGACGAAAUAUUUGACCCCGGAGCUUGGUUAUUCAUCAUGACUGAUGAGCAGUAUAAAUGGAUACCUCGUCGUCGCCGUUCGCUGAAGAUCAGGCCUAUGGGGACUACAACAAUCAACCCUUGCCAUCUUUGUCUUCCACGUUGCUUAACAAAAAUAACCAAGAAAAUCUACAUUCCAUUCAGGUAAUGUUGGGGCUACAACAGCAACAUGACAUGUUUGGGAACAUGGGAUCCCCCUUGGAGUACAAGGGGUCUCCUCAGAAGUUGGACGGUUCUCCUAUGCAUCAUCAGGACUUGGGGAUGUUCCAGCAAAACUUGGAGCAGGUGAACAAUAACGAGGCUGGAAAGAGGAAAAAUGAGGAUGUGGUGCUGUUGCAGAGCCAAAAUCUGAGUUCCAGUGAGAUUGGGAGUACUCAGACCACCACCACGACAAAAAAGAACGAUAAGAAGAAAAAUGACAACGGAGUUAAAAAGAAAAAGACAAGAACAACAUUCACUGCUUUCCAACUGGAAGAGCUGGAACGUGCCUUCGAGCGGGCUCCUUAUCCUGACGUCUUCGCUCGAGAAGAACUAGCACUUAAGUUGAACCUGAGCGAAUCAAGAGUGCAGGUCUGGUUUCAGAACCGAAGAGCCAAGUGGAGGAAGAGGGAACCGCCACGGAAGACUGGAUACAUUGGAGGUGCUUCACCUGCUGGAGCGGCCAUAGGAAAUAAUUUCAGCAAUCCGAUUCCCUUCACGCAACCUAGUGCCAAUGCUCCGGCACCUGUUGAUAGUUGGAGUUACCAGUCUUCGUACGACUUAGGUUCGCACAUUAACCUUUUGAACACCUCAACCGGCUCCUACUCCGGCUUCGGUUCACCAUCUUCCACAUAUCCAACAUUCGGUGCCACCCAGAACAGCUACAGCUACAUGCUCAACUCCCAUGAUGGUUUCCGGACCGCCCACGAAUACGUGCCACCGCCUGGAGAGCCCAGCCCACCCCCUACUGCCCUUUCUGGGGGCGGAAGGGAGUACUCGAUGUUGCAGGCCUCCCACUCACCGACGACCGACGAUGGGUCGAUUGGAGUCAAGAUAGAGUAUGUAGAUCAUAAUGGCACUACUAUCACGCAUAGUCCAGAAAGAUAUGGGAAUGGCUCACCAAAGUACGACCAAGGUUAUCAUGAUGAUGGGCGACUUAAAGAACUAAAAGCGGAAAACGGCAAUGGAGGACAAACUUACGUUACGUUACCCCCUUUUCUGAAUUAGCUAGGGCAGUUAAUAGACACUAUUUUUGAAAAGUAUUUUUUUCAUUUUCUCUCUAUGUCUGAGCAAGAAACUCCGAUAAUAAGGUCAGAUUUGAGACAAUUGGAAGAUUUUCAGAGUAUUUCUUUAAUCUUUGCAAAAGUAAUUUCUCAUCCAAAGAACCUACCCAGAUAGAAAAUCAAUGCAAUUCUGAUUUGGAAUGAAAAAAACUAUUGUAUUUUGUUGUUAUUGUUAUCACAGUUCACGUGCCGGGAAGAUAGCUAUACAUCAACUUGUAAAUAUGUAUGAAUAAUUUAGAAUUGUGUAUAUGAAGGAUGUACGAUAAAUAUGUUAAUGGCAUGUAGCUUACCUUUUUUGAAACAAUAUUCUGUGUGUUAUUGAAAUAAUCUGGGUUUAUGUGACGUAGAAAUGAAUGAUAAUGUAGAGGAAAUGGUAAUUUCUUCCAAGAAAACCAUCAGAACUGCUGGUGGUGCAAGGAGGAAACUGCGACGCAUUUUUUUUAAUUUUGAUCUUACCAGGAGACACAAGCACCUUUCAGUUGAUUUCAUUCAGAAGCUACUAACGCAUGUUUAUACAUAAACCAUACUGGGUGGCUCAUAAACAACAUGCGAGGUUCCUAUAAACGUGGGACGUAAAUGCCACCUUAUGGUUAUGAUUUGAAAAUCGAGAAAAGUUCUCCGGAGCACAAAAAGAUCUACGUAGGUAAUCCUUUGAAAUUUUGCUACAUUUGCGUGGUUUGUUAGAAAAAAGAAAAUCUGUUUUUACUUUGAAAACACGCAGAAGGAUAAUGGAAUCUAACAUUGAAAAUUUCGUAUAAUGUAACCAGUAAAAUAAUGCCACCUUCACAACAGUAUUUAUUUUAUGAAUAUUAAUGUUCCAUUCCCAUUCAGAGUAAUAUGUGGCGUAGAAGUAAGUACAUGAAGCAGUAUCUUCGUAGGGGCACACUUAGAACUUAUGUUCAUAGGAACUUUUUUUUAUUUUUGGGUUAACCUUCUGCUCUAGAAAUAUUUCCAUUGUUUUAUAAUCACACUGUAUAUGUUUUACUCAUUUUUUCACAGUUUUGGUUUUAUAAGACUUGUAUUGUAUUAUAUUAGAUAUUUAUUAUGUGUAUUGCUGUGUAAAGCGAAACAAAAACUGAUACUUGGUACUCUAGCUUUAAAGUUACUUACUUUCAUUUGUGUAAAUAGGCCCUGAAAAGUGAGUUUCUGUUAUUUCUGAACAUAGGUAUUUGAUGAAUGUACAGUAUUUUUGUAAAUAUGUGUAUUAUACGUGAAUUUUAGUGCCAUAUACGAAUACUUAAGACUUAUAAAAGGUGCCAACUUAGUAGUUUUAUUCAAAGCCGGGGGAGGAGGCAAAAACUUAGCGUUUUUUUCAUUUCAGUAAUGAUUUUCUCACACAGCAAAUAUCACUGAUUUUAUACACAUGCAGACGAAUGCACAUAAUCAUCCAAAUGCCAUCUUGCUAUUCAACCAACUUUCUUCUCAGAGAUAAAAACUACAGACAAGAACCAUUUGGCCUCAAAAAACUAUGCAACCAAUAAUGCGUGUAGUUUAGUUGAGUGAUUCCUCCUUAGAUGGACGUUCACAACGAUCCUAGUGAGCAAACGUGGAAUGACUGUUUGCGCCCUAAAAACUACCUAGUUUGCAAGAUGACAUCUUAUAGGAUUUUUUGACGUUUUAUAGGUUUUUUACAUGAUACGCCUGCCGGUGCAUUUUUAAAAACUCACAAAAGGUUUUUUCUCUCAGGCAAAGUUUUUUUAUUCUAAAUAAAAAAGGGCCUUAAUAACUUUCGGAAAUGUUCCAUAUACUAGCCGCCCGCGUGGCGAUUAUUUCCUUAUCAACAAUCGAAUAACAAUGUUUAAAAUAUCUGGCCCCUUGCAGCCCUAGAAAUAUUAAUCUUAAUUUAUUUAUUAUAAUAUUCAAUUGUUCUAAAUUUAAUUUCUUAAGCAUUAAAUAUGUUUAGGGUUUUCAAACUUCAAGUCACUUAUACCACGAAAAAGGUUAACUUCAGUGAGAAGUUACCAAGUAACUUUUUUGUUCAGAAUGAUCCAAAAGACUCUGGAGAAAAAAAAUCAUUUAUUCGUAAUGUCCUUAAAAAAUUAUUUAAACAUGAUUAUGAAAAAAAAUUGUGUCCACGUAUGCGAUGUUUUUGCUUCGUCUAAACCAGAUUAAUAUUAAAUGGUAUGUCUCAGCUUGUUCAAGUAUUCAAGUAGUGUUGCACUUAAUUUUUAUAAAGUCGCUGAUCGUCAACAACUAUACUAUAUUUCUAAUCUUUCUACUUGGACAUAAUCACUCGCCAGCUGAAAUAUUAUUAUUUUUUACCACUUGUAGGAUAUUAAGGACAAAACAGAGCAUACAUUGUUGAACAAAUUAUUUUAGUACUUCUUAUUAAUAACGAAUGUAUAUAAUUUGAAUAUUUUUCGUAAGGUUUUUAAAUGUAUAUACUCAAAAGGCUUGUUACUGUGUGCCAUAUUUUGAAAAAACUAUAUAUAUAUAUAUAUAUUAGUCGAAGAUUAAAUUUCUGAAUAUAUGUUACUAUCCAUAUAUGAUGAG